ACUGCUGAUUGGUUACUGCUCACAAGCUCACUCACACUGCUACAGUAUAAAUCAACACAGUUCUAGUUUGUUUCUUCCACUCAGAAGGUAGGAGUGCGAAGCUGCAGCCACAAUGAAGGGACUUAUUCCACUUGCAGGCUUAUUAUUUAUUCAUCUUGGUUCAGCCUAUGAACUUAUAUGUUACUUCACCAACUGGUCCCAAUACAGACCUGAUCCUGUAAAGUAUGUACCGUCCGACAUUGAUCCCUUCCUGUGCACACAUCUGAUCUAUGCAUUCGCCAGCAUUAACUCUAAUCAGCUGGUCACCUACGAGUGGAACGAUGAGACUCUCUACAAAUCAUUCAACAGUCUAAAGCAAAUUAAUCCAGACUUGAAGACACUUUUGGCUGUUGGGGGAUGGAAUUUUGGAACAGCUCAAUUCACUACUAUGGUGUCCACCAAAGAAAACAGAAAUACAUUCAUACAAUCGUCCAUCAGCUUUCUCCGAAAAUAUGAAUUUGAUGGAUUGGAUCUAGACUGGGAAUAUCCUGGGGCUCGUGGCAGUCCUCCAGAGGAUAAGCAAAGAUUCACUUUGCUCUGUCAGGAGCUUAGACAGGCCUAUGAAGAAGAAAGCAGUGCUACUGGACGUUCUCAGCUUAUGCUCACAGCUGCGGUGGCUGCUGGGAAAUCAGUUAUGGAUACUGGAUAUGAAAUUGCUGAGAUUUCCAAGUACCUGGACUUCAUUUGCGUGAUGACGUAUGACUAUCAUGGGUCUUGGGAGAGUUUCACUGGACACAACAGUCCUCUGUAUCAAUGGUCUCAGGAAACAGGAGACGAAAUCUACCUUAAUACUAAUUAUUCUAUGACAUACUGGAAGAAUCAGGGUGCUCCAGUGGAGAAGCUGAGGAUGGGUUUUGCUACAUAUGGCAGAUCAUUCCAACUGUCAUCUAAAGAGAGUGGCCUGGGAGCUCCAUCGAGUGGUCCUGGUUCUGCUGGCAAGUACACCAGAGAGUCAGGCAUCCUGUCUUUUUAUGAGGUCUGCAGCUUCCUUGAAGGAGCCAGUACACAGUGGAUUGAGGAUCAAAAAGUACCCUAUGCCACAAAGGGGAAUCAGUGGGUUGGCUUUGGUAACAAGCAGAGCUAUGAGAUAAAGAUGGCCUACCUAAAAGAAAAUCAUUUUGGAGGAGCCUUUGUGUGGGCUCUUGAUUUAGAUGAUUUUACUGGACAGUUCUGUGGCCUGGGUAAAUACCCUUUCAUCAGCCUGCUGAAGAACCUUCUGAACAAUGGUACUUCUGCUGAAGGUCCUACUGCUUCUCACGUUAUAGAUCAUCCCAAUCCACCCCCUGCUCCUCCUGUUGAGGAUCAUCUCACAGUUGCAGGUCAACAUCCACAUUAUUGUGCAUCUAAGAAAGAUGGUAUCUACCCACAUCCUACUAACAUUCAAUCUUUCAUCCAUUGUGCUGCUGGAAGAAAAUUUGUUAAACACUGCCCUGCUGGCACCAUUUAUGACAAGACGUGCCAGUGCUGUAACUGGCCAUUAAUAUGACACAAAUUGUUAUUUAAUUUGAUUAUGUAGAAAUGAUUGUAUGAUGUAGAUUUGUUUGUACAUGAAUACACACCUGGCCUGGUAGCCGUGCAAGCAUUUUAUUAAUCUCUCUGUAAGCACGUUCUUUAAAAUUAUAAAUGUAAAUAUUUUUUUUACAUAAUUCAAUCAUGACUCAAUAUAUAGCAUCACCCAGGCAUACAAGCAAGUUAAGAUGCUCUUUGUUGUGAGUUUUAUUCCAAAAAUAGACAUUUCUGAAUACUGCAAACUAAAUAAUUAAUUUACUCCUCUAAUCAAACUGACAUCUGUACAUUAUUCAGUGAUUUAGCUUGUUUUUCUCAUGUCAUCAACUAUAUAAAACACUUGAAAAUUUUGUAACAAUGCAUGCAUUCCUUUUAUUUUACCUCACAGUUGUAAAACACAGGUUUGAUUUCUGACAGGUAAUUUAGAAAAGGAUCAUACACAUCUGAAUCAGUGCACUAUACAUUAUGGGCAAAAAACUAUUUUUAAUAUUUAAGUCUUAAAAACUGCGGUUUCACUGCAUUUAUAUUAUAUAUAUAUACCUUUGGGAUGUUAAUUAACCCUUGUUUUGUCUUUACUUUUGUGACCCUCUGGCAUCCCUCGGGUCAAUUUGACCUGGUACAUAUUUGGGGUUUCAAACACACUUCUGAAAUAAAAUUUUACUUCAUUUUCCAAUUUACCCAUAUUUUUUUUA